AUGGAUCGACGCGUGCCAAAUGCGAGGUCGAAACAAGGCACUGUCGUUGAACAGAAGCAUAGAUUUCUCCAGACCAGGAAACACAUUCUAUCGCGUUCGAUACCGCCAUCAGAACGGUUGCGUACUCUUGCGCAAGAUGGUGGCAUUGAACUCAGUGUCAUGAAAGGCGUGCUUGAUAAAGUCAACCGCGACCUAAAACAACACUCCCGAAAAGUCUACAGCCGCCAAAUGAUCGAGCACGUCGUCGAGCAAAUCGACAUCUUAUACUGGGACUCCGGCGCGCAACACGCCGACGACGACAACGAAGACUCGCACACUUCCUCCUCCUUACCCGAAAACGACGCGCACACCCUCUACCAAACCGACGACCUAACCCUCGACGAGAACAUCGCAAAACUCCCAACCACAUGGCCCGACCGCGACGCCGGAGUCACACAGGACGAAUACCUCUCCUCCGUCUCCCGCCUCCAAGAACUCUCUGCAUACCGACAGACACUUCAGAAUCGGCUUGAUACAUACCGUACGCUGCUUUCGCUGUUAGAGCCGUACCGCAACCCGAAGGAGAAUAUACAGCCGAAUCUGGUGUGGAAAGAUGCGCCGCUUGCGUCGGAGUUGGCAAAGACGCGCACGCUGGCGAUACGGGUUGCGGCGCGUGUGGAAGAGAAGUUUGGGGACGUGCAGGUUCCUUCUACGGCGGAGGAUGAAGAGGAUGUUGAUAUGGAGGGGCUGGAUAAUGAAGGAAGGCGGAAGGUGGAUGCGGUGUUCGCGAGUUGGUAA